AUGGCGUAUGUCAAUGCCUAUAAACCCCCUCCUCCCGCGAAGCCAGCUUACGGCCUUCACGGUCCCGUCCCCUAUGACAUCAACGUCGCCUUUCCGCUCGACUUCACUCAGCUGGAGACCCCGCGUCUGAAGUUAACACCAUUCAUCCCGUCCAUUCACGCUGUAAAAUAUCAUGCAGCCAUAUCAGACCCUGCACACUUCUACCGUUACUAUCCCUUUCCCGACAUGGAAGAACCUGAGUCAUAUCUGCGGUUUGUGGACGCCUUCGUGCGCCAGAACCCGUACUCCAUCCUCUUCGCGAUCAUCGACAGGACCACCCCAGACCAGGAAUAUCCAGAAUGGGGAGGAAAGCUCGCAGGAACAAUUGCACUCUUCGGUUAUUCACCGAGGAACUUGUCAAUGGAGCUUGGAAUGUUGUGUAUUCUGCCCGCAUCUCAGCGGACACAUGUCGCAACGCAUGCAGUAGGAAUACUCCUCAAGUACUGCUUUACCAUGCCCUGCGCAUUCCAGUCUGAAACUGGAUUAGGGUUAAGAAGAGUAUAUUGGUAUGCGCAUUCGGACAAUGAACCAUCCCUGAGACUUGCUGCUCGCAUGGGGCUCAGACGCGAAGGGACUUUGAGAUGGGCAUUGGUAUUGCCUGUCGGGAAGGCACUCGGAAAGACACCUAGGAAAAAUGAUCUGCUGGAAGGACCUGGGAGAGACACUGCAAUUAUGGCUAUUUCGUGGGAAGACUGGGAGGGUGGAGCAAGAGAAAUUGUGACAACACAAAUGGCCCGGGUGAAAUAA